AUGGCGGGACUGCCCCACCUGCCGCUCAGCUUCAUCGGGCCAGUCGCCCGCUCCUACGCCGUCUUCUCGAAAGGCCUGAGCCGGACUCUCAUCACCUUCUUCGACCUGGCCUGGCGGCUCCGCCUCAGGUUCCCCUACCUCUACCUGAUCGCCUCCCUGAUGCUGAAUGUCCGCCUGCAGGUCCAUAUUGAGAUUCACUAGAUCAGUUGAGGUAUAUUUGUUGGAAGAUGACCUAAUUCUGGACUGGAAAUUUCAUGCUUAAUCAGUAAACACUGCCAACUAAUGCCAGCAUUUCAGAAUAUGCCAAGCUUGGAAGAGUUGAAGGAUAUCAGUUGUGCUUCAUGUCUUGUAGUUCAAGAUUAUGGCGGUGAAUGCUCUUCAUCAAACGAAGACAAUGUCAAAGAUUACGAUCGUGGGAAUAAUACUUGCAAUUCUAAAACAGUUAAUGAUGGCCACUUAAUUUGCACACAGCUACAAGAUUCCAUUUCACAGCUUGGAGCAACUUUCCCUUUAAGAGUAUUAUCUGGUAUAAUUGGGCACAUUCUGUUGCCCAAGGAUGACAAAAAUGAGCCUCCCCCUUUCAGAGAAUGGCACACUUUCCACAGUUGCUUUGAACUAGGUUUUUAUCAGACAGUCCUUUGCGCUCUAGAUUCAGAAGCUGGGAAGGGAAGUCUGGAAGAAACGUUAACCCGCACCGGUGUUGCAUUGGUGACUGACUGUCCACAAAGAGCCACUGGAGCUUUAAAGAUCUUCAGAAUGUGGUGUUACACGGGGGAAAUGUUUGUGCACUCUACACAUUUCUGGCUGUCUGAGAGGCCAUCUAACUGCAAAUUAAAAUGGUCACAAUCAGAGAAUCUGAAAGACAAAGUAAAUUUUUUGUUUGCGUAUGGAUUGGAUGCGAAGAAGAGGUGGCCUUGGGAUCUGACUGGCAUCUUUUCGUUCACAUUUUGCAACUGUCCGACACAUCAUCUGCCAACUAGCUGACCCUUUGUGUUUCUUGAUCUAAUGACUUUGGAGCACAUUCUUGAAUAGAAAACACUGUCGCCUGAUCUGAAAUGUUCACUUUGCAACGCAGUGGACACUCGUAAUAAGGGCUUUUGUGCUUGCUGUUUUGUGGCAUGCUGUACUUAAAGUACCGCCUGAGCUAUCCUUUGAAGAGAGAGAAGAACUGGACAACAUUAGGCGGAGGAAAAAGGAACUGAUGGCUGACAUUGAGAGGCUGAAAGAUGAGAUAGCUGAAGUAAUGAGUGAGAUUGAGACUCUGACUUGCACUGAUGAAAG